CCAGAAGAGAAGACCGGUCUCAUUCACUUUUGAGGCUUUGAGCUUCGUUUCCCGCACUAACGAUCUUGCCUUGCAGACUAUUUUCUCUGAAGGUCAAAGAAUAAAAGAAAAAGCAACACGGAUUUCCGGGUUGGCCGAGUUACCACUGUCGAGUACCGAAGGAUCAGAGUUGAAGACUGUUGCCGAAAGCCUCCGAUUAUACGAUUACAGAUCAAAUUCCAUGAAUAAACUAUUCCUCGUGGGAUUCCGAAUUGCAGAAUUUCAGAAAAAAAAAAGAUGUAAAAAAGAGAGCAGCAGGGCGAGAUAAAGAGAAUAUAAUCAUGGCAAAGCGUGGUGAUUUGAUGGAGAAGCUUCUUACACUUGGGGAUAAGAUAAUCCAAAUAAUUCCUCCAUUAAUAAAAAGUGAUUGUAACAGUGAUCAAGAUGAUAAUGGUGGUGGAUGGGAUUCUCAUUCUGUGCCAAGUAGCCAAAGCCACAUUGAUACGGGUGCCACCACAUCUUUCCCUGUUGCUUUUCCGGAAUGGUUUAUGGGUCCCAUGUAUACCUAGAAAGAUUGGAAGAACAAGUCGUUAUCAAAUGUGAAGUGAAUAUGAAGAACUUCUUGUUCUUAUUAUUAUUCAUUUUCUCCUUGUAUUGGGUGCAUGCUGGCUUGAACAAGCCAUGGCUUAUGCAGCUUGGUGGGCAGUAUCUUACCGCUUUGGUGAUUUGGUUUUUGUGUACUGAAUUGUCAAGAAGUGGAAAAAGGAGUAGGAUACUUCUGGGUGAAUCACCCUUGGAUGGAGGAAAGAGUUUGGCUUCCCGUGUCUUUUGCUGCUGGAAGGUCCAUGUAAAGUUGCUACUAUGUUUCCUUAUACUCCUUGAAUUGCUAAGUGUUGGUCUUUCAUCUGUGGAACCUGAUUAUGAAGGUGAAGCUUUAGUCGAGUUUCUGAAGGAUCUGAAUGAUACCAAUAAAAGAAUUACUGAUUGGAAUACGUAUUUUGUGAACCCAUGUUUUAGCUGGUCUCAUGUCACUUGUAGGAAUGGAAAGGUUAUAGCCCUGAGUCUAUCAUCAAAUGGAUUUUCAGGAACUCUUUCACAGUCAAUUACCAAAUUGAAGUUUUUAAUCAGCUUGGAGCUGCAGAAUAAUCAUCUGUCUGGUGUGUUACCUGAUUACCUUGGUAGUAUGGAGCACCUGGAAUACCUGAAUCUUGGAAACAAUAGGUUCAGUGGAUCUAUACCUAAAACUUGGGGUCAAUUGUUCAGCCUAAAACAUUUAAUAAUAAGUGAGAACAAGUUAAGUGGAUCUAUUCCAGAUUCGAUUGCAAAUAUUACGCGGUUAAAAGAACUAGAUCUUUCAUCCAAUGAUCUUAGUGGACAAAUUCCAUCGAGACUGUUUUCAGUUCCAAUAUUCAAUUUUACAGGAACUCAUCUUGAAUGUGGCUCUAGCUUAUCACGCCCUUGCUUUUCAGGUUCAAGCUUAUCUAAUCGAGAUUCAGACAGAAAGCCUAGCCUUGGAGUUCUGGUCAGUGCUGCAGGUUGUGGUGCCUUUCUUCUUCUAUCCAUUGGGGCAGUAUUUGUGUAUCGAUACCGUCAAGUUCAUGGAAUUAAAAAUGAUCUCUUUGUUGAUGUUUCUGGUGAAGAUGAGUGCAAGAUUUUCUUUGGACAAUUGAGAAGAUUUUCAUGGCGUGAGCUUCAACUUGCAACUGACAAUUUCAAUGAAAGUAAUGUCAUUGGACAAGGGGGCUUUGGAAAAGUUUACAGAGGGGUUCUCUCUGACAAUUCAAAGAUUGCUGUGAAGCGUCUAACUGAUUAUCAUAAUCCUGGUGGAGAGGCUGCAUUCCAGAGGGAAGUAGAACUGAUAAGUGUCGCAGUUCACCGAAAUCUUCUUCACUUGAUCGGGUUUUGUACAACCUCAUCAGAGAGAAUUCUUGUUUAUCCAUUCAUGCAAAAUCUCAGUGUUGCAUAUCGUUUACGAGAUUUAAAACCUGGGGAGAAGGGCCUGGACUGGUCAACAAGAAAAUGUGUGGCUUUUGGUGCAGCUCAUGGCUUGGAGUAUCUGCAUGAGCACUGCAAUCCUAAGAUUAUACACCGUGAUGUGAAAGCUGCUAAUAUCCUUCUAAAUGACGAGUUUGAAGCAGUUAUUUGUGAUUUUGGACUAGCUAGACUGGUUGACACAAAAUUGACUCAUGUUACAACCCAGGUGCGUGGGACUAUGGGCCACAUUGCACCAGAAUAUCUUUCCACAGGAAGAUCAUCAGAAAAAACAGACGUGUUUGGCUAUGGUAUUACACUUCUUGAACUUGUGACUGGCCAACGUGCAGUAGAUUUUUCACGGCUUGAAGAGGAAGAAGAUGUUUUUCUGCUUGAUCAUAUCAAAAAGUUGCUGAGGGAGAAAAGGCUCCAUGACAUUGUGGAUAGCCAUUUAAAAGUUUAUGAUCCCAAAGAAGUUGAAAUCAUUGUCCAGGUUGCAUUAUUGUGUACUCAAAGCUCUCCAGAGGAUCGCCCAAAGAUGGCAGAAGUGGUAAGGAUGCUGCAAGGAGUGGGGCUGGCUGAGAGGUGGGCAGAGUGGGAGAAGCUUGAGGUAAUUCGUAAUCAAGAGUUCUCAGUUAUGUCCUGCCACCUUUCCUGGGCUGAGGAUUCAACACAUGACCAAGAGGCUAUACAAUUGUCUGAAGCACGAUAAUAAAAGCUUCAUUAAAUGUAAACCUUGACAUUAGAAAAAGAACAUUCACAUACUAUUUUUAUUUGGACUUGGGAAAUUAUACAUGUUCCAUUAUGUAAAGAAAAAGUAGGAAAAAAACACUAGGAUAAAAUACAAUAGUAGUAUGUCAUGUACUUCCUGUUCAGUCACAUACAUACAGCUUGAUACCUAUUUCUCUCCAACAUGGGUUCACUA